GCCUCUACAUGUCAUGGUGGAUUUCGCGUGCACGCGCAAAUGAGACCCUGGAGAUACGCCGUUUAGGACUCAGUCACCUGAUACAAAGUCCAAAUCAGGAGCUAGUGGACUCUGUAUCAGACUCCUGGAUGAAUUUGGAGAAGGAAAAUGGCUGAGCAGCCUGUGUUUCUGAGUAACGAUGUCGUUGCACGUUUUCUUAGUUAUGACGAGUUGAUCCCGCGCCUGGAAGAGGUUCUGGGGAGGUUUUCUCGGGGCAGCAGUUCAGAUGUGGUGCAGCCCGUGAGAUCUGUGAUCCCCAUUCACAAUCACAGCGGGUUUUUGGGGCUAAUGCCUGCAUAUAUUGCACAUGAGGACACUUUGUGCACGAAGAUGGUGGCUUUCUACAGACGAGAAGAAAACGUAAAUCUACCAUCCACACAAGCCACUGUGUUACUCUUUAACCCUGAAUAUGGCAAUGUCACUGCGGUUAUGGAUGGUUUAGAUAUCACACAUAAAAGGACAGCAGCUGUGUCAGCCAUUUCUGCUAAACUGUUGAUGCCAGCUCAAUCGGAUGUCUUGUGCAUCCUCGGCUGUGGCCACCAGGCUGUCAGCCAUUAUGAAAUUUUCACAAAACUUUUUUCCUUUAAAGAGGUGCGUGUGUGCAGCCGGAGAUUGGAGACAGCUGAGCGGUUUGCUGCUGGUGUCCAGGGUCCUGUUACAGUACUUUCUUCUACUAAAGAGGCAGUGCAUGGAGCAGACAUCAUCAUUACAGUCACUAAUUCUAGUAAACCAGUGCUGUUUGGGGAGUGGGUUAAACCCGGUGCUCACAUUGUAGCGGUAGGGGCUUGUCGGCCAGACUGGAGAGAACUUGAUGACGUGCUGAUGAGAGAUGCUGUGAUUUACGUGGACAGCAGAGACGGAGCUGCAGUGGAGUCAGGAGAUAUCAUUCUGUCUGGGGCAGAAGUGUUUGCUGAACUUGGAGAAGUUUUAAAUGAAACUCGGCCUGCCUUGCGCAACAAGACAACAGUAUUUAAGUCACUGGGAAUGGGGAUACAAGAUGCAGUUGCUGCUAAGCUUGUGUUUGACAAGUGGAAGAGCAGCCAGUGAAGGACAUGAUAUGAAGAGUUACCAGCCGGCAUUCAGUACAGAGAACAACUCUAAUUUCUAAAACUGAACACAAUGACACAUGAAGUAAAUCUCUAUUCAACAGACAUAAUCGUGACAGUGGAAACUGAUUUCAGAUGAACUAACUAACACUUGCAUGAAAUCACUAAAGCUUAGGACAAAGGACACUGUUUUUCAUUUCCAGAGAAUAUUGUUAAUACAAUACUGUGUGGGAAUAAAAACGUCUUUCACGAUGACUGCAUAGUAAAUGCAGCACAUAUUAAUAAUCAUUGAGCCAAAGUAUGUUUUGUAAUUUAGAGUGCUCAGAUGAGAGUGAGUGAAAACUGACUUUUUCUAGUGUAACAUUUAUGUACCAAAUGUCUGAUCCCAAUAUGUACACUAAAUAAUGAGUAAACCAGCAAAAUCCUAAAAAUUAUUCCCAAAUUUCAAUAAAGUACGUCUAUCUAUCUAAGUAA